CCCAGUCUUAGUGGGGGACGGAACCAAAAGUCCUUAGGUUGCGCGUUACAGCCGGACGUAGUUGUGUGCGACAGUAACGUGGAGAUCUGUUUUUAUUAAGUCAGUAACUCCAAAAUCACUCGUUUUCUUUCAAAUGGCUGCAAAUAGCCAAAUAUGCUCAAUAUGGCUUGGAUCCGAGACUGGAAUAUUAAAAGGGGUAAGUUUAACCAAAAAGCAGGCGUUUAACUUUUGUGAGAUGAGCUGCAUGAGUCGGGAUCAGGAGGUUUGUGUGAUGGCAUGGGGAGACCCUCACGAAUCAGAGGUGUUAGUGGGCAGUGUGAACGGCACUGUGAAAACUUUCAGCACAGAUAAGGGAAUCUUCACAGCGACCAGAGAGUGUGGAGAUCCUUCACAGGGCAGGUUCACAGGACUGGCUGUCACUGACAGUUCUGUGAUUACAUGUGUGGAGUCAGGACUGCUGAAGGUGUGGAAGGAAGGAAGUACAGAAACCGCUGAGGUAAAUGUUGGAAAUGGAAUAUGCAGAAUGCAACAGAACCAAUCAAAGCGGCAUUGUGUGGCUACAGGGGGUAAAGAGAACCCGCUGAAAGUCUGGGAUCUGGAGAGACCAGAUAAGCCAAUAUUCACAGCCAAAAAUGUAGCUCAUGACUGGUUGGAUAUGCGAGUGCCCGUGUGGGUGAGAGACAUUGGCUUUAUCCCAGAUUCAGAUAAAAUAGUCACAUGCACUGGACACCAUCAGGUGCGUGUGUAUGACCCCUCGACGCCUCAGAGAAGGCCAGUGUUGGAGGCUCGGUUUGGAGAGUACCCGCUCACAGCACUCUCUGUUCCUGCCAACCAGGGCACAGUGGUCGUGGGCAACACUCAUGGGGAGCUCGCCAUCCUUGACCUCCGGAAAGGGCUUGUGUGUGGGUGUCUUAAGGGUCUGGCGGGGGCAGUGCGUGGGUUGCAGUGCCAUCCUUCCCUCCCAUUGGUGGCCUCUUGUGGUUUAGAUCGUUUUCUGAGAGUACACAGCCUGAAAGACCAUUCCUUACAGCACAAGGUAUAUCUGAAGUCACGACUCAAUUGUGUUCUGCUGUCUAGCAGAGAACUGGAGUCCUCAAAUGCUGAUUUUAGUGGAGACGUAGAAGAGGUGAAAGCAGAGGAAGAGGAGGAUGAGGUUUGGGAUACCAUGGAAACGGUGAAGGAGAAGGCAAAAAAGAGGGCCGCACAGAAAGACGAAGCACCUGUUACUGGAGUAGAUGGGAAAAAAGAAAAGAAAACUAGUAAAAAAAAAAAAAAGUGAUGUAAA